GCUCCUUCUGUUGUUCCUGCCGAUCAACGCAAAUAUCAGAUUCUUAAAGACGGAUGUAAAGAGGAUGAAACUGUGGAGAUCUAUACCAAUGGCAAUCACUCAAAGGUCCAAUUUGCAAUGAAGGCUUUCAAGUUUAUUGGCAUCCACGAUCAGGUGUUCAUCACCUGCUCCACCGUCCUCUGUAAGGCCGGCAUACAGGACAGCAGGUGCUCUCAAGGCUGUGUUGAAUCACGUGCCAAGAGGGAAGCUCCCAAACUGACUGAUGAUGAUGAGGAUGCUUAUCUUGCCCCCACUGAGGAGCACGAGAGCGAGUAUUCUUUCCAACCUGUUAGCCAGAUUUCCUUCUUCACUGAGCUCAACAGGCGCAAGAGGGACGCCCCCUUCGAGACCUCACGUCACUUCAUCUCCCAGGGUCCUUUGCGUCUUAGGACCCAGCGAAGCGUGCCCACCCAAGGCUAA